AUGUCAUCUGAGGGCCUGGAGCCAAUAACCGCAUUCCUGAUCGAUAAUAAUGCAAAGCGGCUCGUUCAGAAUCCAACAUCGACCUAUCUUCUGGUGGGUAUCCUAGGGAUUGUUGGAAUCGUACAUAUCUUCGUGCUUCUUUCGUCAGCUUUACGGCGGUUCAUGAAGUGGCGGAGGGGAUUACUCGACAUGGAUGUUAAAGGGCUGGCACCUGACGGAUUCAGCAGCAUUGCAAAGAUGGCUGCACUGCUUGUCGCUUCAAACUUUGCGACGCAUAUCCCCGAGGACGCUCAUAGUUUGUCGAAGGAAGACAUCUGCGGCAAGCUUUCAUCUAAACGCUUUCGCAUGGGUUGA